AUGCAGCAGCCGCACCAGCCGCCCGCCAAGCAGAUGCCGCUGCCGCUGCAGCACCACCCCAGGGACGCCGCCGUCGUCCUCGCCAACCACGCCGCCAACAACGCCGUCGUCAAGGGCAACGGUAUCGGCGGCGGCGCGCUCAGCCUGAGCGAGAGCAGCUGUAGCGGCAGUCCGGGCAGCCCGGGAGAGGCGUCUCUGAGCGCGUCCAUGGCGGCCGCGACGUUGGAGCUGUCGCAGCCGGUGGCGGUGUCUGUGGCGGGCGCCGCCGCCGUGGCCGAGGCACCGCAGCAGCAGCAGCCUGCCGCCGACAACACCGUCUUCGUCAACUCGUGGCACCCGCACGUGUACGGCAAGCCGCCGAGGACGCCGACGCCGCACCUCAUAUCGGACAUCCUGGGCUGGGGGCGGAGACCGUCGCCGCCGCAGCAGCCGCCGCCGCCGCUGCCGCCCCCGCCGCUCCCGCACCAGCAGCAGCAGCAGCAGGCGGCCACCCAGCUGGCACCGCCGCCACCGGCCGCCACGCACAGGCCGACUCUAGUGGCCCCGACGCCCAUCCGCGCCACGCCAUCCCCGUGCGUGACCGCCAUGCACAACCUGACCCUGCUGCAGCCGCCCCCGCAGCAGCCGUCGCCGGCGCUCUGCAACCCCCUGGCGCCCGUCGCCGCCCCCGCCGACGAGGAGCUCAGCAACGAACCGCUCAACCUGACGACCAAAAGCCGCGACGCGUCGCCCACCUCCUCCGUGGGCUCCAUCCGCACGCUGACGCCGCCCGUGGUGCCGUCGCCCGCCCCGGGGAAGCUCCUCCUGCCCAACCACCGGCUACCGCCUUUCCGCGAGCCUCCGGUCAACGGCGUGGAGGCGGUCGUCACCAUCCCCACGGUCCGCGGACCCCCCGGCGCCGCCGUCAACGGGAGACCCGGCGCCGACGUCGGCGUCGUGACGCCUUCCGCCCCCAAGGGAUCUGCGCACCGUGCCGCCCCCAAAGAUACUUCAAAUCUCCGGUACCCCGAGGAAAUACAACCAAUUGCUACGAAGGCAAAGGUGUCCGACAUGCGAUAA